AUGGGCCAGGAGGAGACAGUCUUCGGCGAUGGCUGGGUUUCAGAUGAUUCGAGCUUCUACGGCGACGAAUGUGAGCAGGACCGGCUUGAGACAUUCUGUGAAGAGUUCCGACCUGUCAAUGCUUGGUCCACGCGCAAGCACGACCUGAAUGGCAUUGCAUUCAAGUACAGGAACGUACCCCCGCCUAAGCUCAGCAACCCUGGCGAAGGUCAGCUAGUAUCAUGGCACUUGGGCGAGACGGCGGAAGACUUUGUCAAGCGGCUUCCUCCCGUCACUACGUCGGCCUCUGACUGUGAAUGGAUCUGGGUACAUAAUCCGUAUCCAGAAGACCACGGUGGAUCUAAGGUGACCAACGUUCUCGAUUUCACUGUUCGCGGACAAGGGUUGCUCGCACGGAGUCUCCGGACACGCAGGGACAUCGAAGCGAACGGCCAGUCGAAGAACAGAAGUGUGAUCGCUCGACACCUACAUGAAGAGAGCAAUUUUCUUCAUCAACGGAUUACCGAAUUGGCUGUUGAAAGUAAUGUGGUCUGCGGCAAAUGGAUGUUAUUCCCCUCACUAGAGGACCUCACUCGUAUCUGGCGACUCGUUGUUGAUGGUGUCAUCAGUAAUCGUUUGGGGCCUACUGCGAAAGUAGCCCCGGACCAGGGUAAAGCUGGAGAGCGACUGGUCUGCAUUUACACCAAAGACUUCAGGGACAAAGACGACGUCCUUCGUGUGUUGCGAGAGCUAGUCUCCAUGGGUGUGGUCACCCAAAGGAAUAAACCAGUAUACUACAAACCGGAUGCAUACACCUACCUAGACAUCUACAAAGCAUCGGCGGCUGAGUACGGCCUACAAGCAAGUGUCUACUCGAGCCAGAAGCUAUUGGCUGAAGAGAAGCCCCAACAGGCAGUCCUAAGUCCUCGAACGCAAUCGAGCCUCAACCGCUUCGUCAAGACUGUACCAGAGUAA